CUAAGAGAGGGUGGAUUAGUACGCGUACUCGACCCUGAGAGAACCAUCGGCGGUCGGGUGAUGCACCGUGUAUUUCCGGGCACAUCGAAGAUCUGGACCGAGGGGUAUCCACAGGUUGAACACACAGCACGAUCUGCAACAGGUGCGAAAGGUACACGCGGUGGAAUGGAAUGAGUGUUUUUUGCAGUUAAAGAACGACGGCUGAAGAUGAAGAUUGUCGAUCUGUGAUUUAAGAUCAGCCGAACUCGUCACCUUUUAUAGAAUCGUCGCCGGAGGAACUAAAUUUCUUUUUGCAUAUAUAGACAUAGCAUAAAAGUAGUAAAGUAGUAAAGUUGUAACUCGUAAGUCAAGAAGUCGUCUUUUCAUCCUUGAAGAGAAGAAUCCUUUGACGCUAGAGAUCUAUGUCCAUCGAGUCUCUUUAAAGGUGGUUGAAAAGUGAUACCCUUCGUAGAUCUGAGAUUGAAGAUUAGCUUAUAGAUAUUAUUGUCCGGAAAUCGUCGCAGGCAAACCCGUUAGUGUCACAGUACAUAGGUUGUAAGCGGUAAUUAAUUCGAUCACGUCUGCUCUAAGAAGCUGUUGAAUGGAGCUGCAACUCAUAAUGGAUGGCGGCGCGGAAACCCUGCACGGGGCAAUGUGGUUCUCUAACACAUCUCCAUCAUAUGAGCAAUUGUCACCUGUUCGUCCAAACAGAUGUGACGUUGUAACCGUCCCUCAACAGACUACAAUAGAGUAUCAUAGCCCACAAAAUUCUUUAUGGCAAGAUAAACACAACUCGCCGAAAAAUUCGCCAACUAGUGGUGAUCAGAUGCAUUUGAAUGGUGGUUCGCCGCAACUCUCGCCUUCUGGAUCAUCCCCAAAUUGUGAACAGAACAAUUUGAAACGCCGUUCCACGGAACCGUUGCAGCAUAUCACGGAACUUGAAAAGAAACAUAUUAGAAGAGACGGAUCUAUCGGAAGCAAUGGCUCUGGCCAAGGCUGGUCUACGCAAGUAGAAGAACUCGCAGAGCAUCUUGCCGAUUUUGAUGGAUCGUUAUCCGCUCUCGCAGCAUCUGAUUUUGCAACAGCUGUCGCCUCUUAUUCUAUAAGCGAAGGCCUCCUCAACAAUUUGCCAUCGUUAACAGUCUUCAAGCAGGAGGCGCCUUCGCCUGAAAAUCAACACAACAACCCCAAUUUAAAUCACGUGUCGCAAAGGGCGAUCAACACAGUGCCGCCUAGCAAUGGAAACAUCGGCCCCGUUGAGGCUGAUAGCAACAACAAUGGACAAACCGCUACUAGUCUCCACCAACUCUUGUAUUCCUCUGGCGAGGAAUACCCGCCGACUUCGACCGCGACCAAUCACGUUUCUUCCUCCCAGCAAGGAAACGAAUUCAACGAGGAUUGCCGUUUUCAGUAUGUCUUAGCAGCCGCUACUAGUAUUGCCACAAAAGUUAAUGAAGAAACGCUGACAUAUUUGAACCAGGGUCAAUCGUAUGAGAUAAAAUUGAAAAAAUUAGGCGAUUUGUCUGCUUAUCGCGGGAAGAUUCUAAAGGGAUAUUCGACCUUUCUGUUCCAGUCAACGAUUCGCAUUUGCUUUCACGAGCGACGGCUACAAUAUACGGAGCGGGAACAGAUGCUGGCCUGGCAACGCGCUAGACCGGGAGAGAGAUUGUUGGAGGUUGAUGUUCCUCUCAGUUAUGGAAUGGUGGAUGUCUGUCAACCGUCGCCGUCUAACAACAGCGUGGAGUUCAUGUGGGAUCCCACAAAAGAAGUCGGCGUUUAUAUCAAAGUCAAUUGCAUAAGCACUGAAUUUACACCGAAAAAGCAUGGUGGUGAGAAAGGCGUUCCCUUUCGAAUUCAAGUAGAAACCCGAUUGCCGGGAGGACCACGUUUGCAUGCCGCAUCAUGUCAAGUGAAAGUCUUCAAAUUAAAGGGAGCGGAUCGCAAGCAUAAGCAAGAUCGUGACAAGAUACUGAGACGUCCUCCUCACGAACAAGACAAAUAUCAGCCCAGUUAUGACUGUACCGUCCUAUCUGAUAUUCCUCUAGAAGCCUUAUCGCCUUCACACUUGUCGACACAAAACGGUGGAAGUCCAUACGCCUCGACGGAUGCAAUAUCACCACAGACACGCGCGACUAUCGGCGGCAAUUCUUCUCCGGUAGUCGCCCCGUUGGCACUUUCGGUUUCCAAUUCUAAUAUUGUACCAUUGGUUCCGGCUUCGGAUAUCGUCAAGGAAAACGUGGGAACGGCACCAGCCUUGCCAUCGCCCGCAGCCAUACUACCGGAUCAACCUUGCGUUGAAGAUGAUGGUUCAUGUCUUACCGAAUUAUCGCCCGACGCAAAUGCUACGCAGACAACCGCGUGGCUUCGCGCGAGCCGAUUCAACGCAUUCGAAUCAACUUUCGCAAGCUUCUCUGCAUCAGAUAUUUUACGCUUGUCCCGGGAGGAUCUUAUCCAGAUUUGCGGCGUGGCGGAUGGUAUUCGACUGUUCAACACGUUGCAUUCCAAGGCGCCGACUCCGAAGCUCACCCUUUAUUUCUCUUUGGAAGGCAACGGUUCACUCUGGAGAGUCGCCUAUCUCGACAGUUUGACAAGCACCGCGCUCACAAACAAGUUGCUCAACACUCUAAACUUGCCUCAUGACCGAUUGCACUCAAUACUGUUUCUAGGACCACAGGGUAUACACGUAUUGGUCACCGACGAGCUAGUAGCGAAUAUGAAAGACGAGAGUAUGUAUCUCGUCGAGACUAUUAAAGAUCCGGUUAGCGAGCGUUACAAAUUGUUAAUAAAGUCAAAAAUUAUUUGAACAACUGUAGAUUUUCUUCCAUUUAUAUUUUUUUAUAAAUGUAUGCAUAUAUAAUAACAAGAAAAAAGAGAGAAAAGAAAAGAGCGCGCAAAGUCUAAUACAGUUAUUCAGUAAAUGGAUGCAGAGAUUAUUAUCAUAUAAUCUUAUAUAUAGAUAAAGGAGGAUUCUUAGAAAUUAUUAAAAGUUUUAAAGAGCCAAUUAAGAUCUCGUAACAUAAUGAUCUAUUAAUAUAUUUAGAGUAGUUAUAACUGAAUACAAAAGUGAACUUCAUACACAAAUUAUAUAUGUAUGCUAUAAUAAAAAUUAACUUUUAUAUUAAGAGAUAAAAGUUAUAUUUUUGCACAUUAUUUGGAUUUGUGGAUGCGUGCACGCGCGCGUAUGUGUGGGUGUGUUGCUAAAUAUAUAUAACUUUUAUAAAGGA